AUGUCGACUCCUAGUUCUCCAGCAUGGAAGAAUCCUCGCGAACGUAUGACAAAGCAUCUGAAGAGAAGAAGCAGUCGUUAUUUGAAUGUUACAUUAGGAACGCCAUCUAUUGAUGACUUGAACACAGAGAGUUGUCCUCCUAUGACUCCUGGAGAUACAAAAAAUCUUAACCCAUUCAAAAAAUCGCCGGAAAUUAAACGCUUCAAAAAAACGGAAGAAAUCGAGGAGACCACUUUCGACUUGGAUGAUACAACUGCUAAUGACCCCUUCUCACCCAUGAUUCCGCUAGUCCACAAUAGAGUUGCCAAGGUCAAGAAAACCUCCUUUGGGAGAUCAAAAAGCAUGCAAUCACCUCUAUUGGAUUUCUCUAAUAUGGAUGAGAUCUUUUCACCAAGUUCGUCCACCGAAAUAAGUAAAGUACCGAUCAAAGAAGAGAGAAGAUCGCAAAGCAUCCCAGUUGACCUACGUUUAGGAACUAAGCUCAGAAUAACUUCGAAGGCACCGUUUCCUUGGAUUAAGAGCACGAAUUUAUCUGGUGUUUAUCCCGUAAGGUUGACAGGAAAUGACAGAACAGAGGGUAUGAAAGUUUUCUUGAAUACAAAUGGAACUGAAACUAUGAAAGAUGCUUCACCCCUUGCCCUAUACGAAGCUUCUUCUUUGUACUGGCAGUUUCCUUCCCUUCCUUGGAUGUCGUUCUAUCCCCGGAUAGAUUCGCUUCUUAAGUUUCAGCCGAAACAAACAGUCCCUCCGAUGGCGCAAGUAAUGUUGGAUCAUUUGAGUAGUGAAUGGACUGAGUGCUUUGAGCAGCUCUUCUUGUCUUGGAAAAAAGGAGAAAGAAAGUCAUUCUAUGUUUUGUGCUCUUCCUUCACAGCUUUGUUCACAAAAUCUAACGAAGUUGAUCUAGAAAAUGUUGGUGACGAUUCUAUGUCCUGUUUCCAAUGUCCGGAUGGGAGCCGGCACAUUGCUAUCAUCACCCCUACUACGCUGGGCUUUCGAAGAUAUUUGAAAAACGAAGGGAUUGAGUAUGAGCUGUGUCAAUGGAAAAAAAGGAGAUUGUCCAAGACAACACUUAAAUUCGAAGACGCCCUUGAAGGCGAUGAGUUGAGUUUAUUAUCUGAGGAGUCUUGUGAUUCCGCUUCCAAAUCACGGUUUUCCGCUACUGGUGACGAGAAAGAAAAUUCUGAAGGCAAAGCCUUGUCAUCUGAUAGUGAUGAAAGUCCAACAAAAAAGAAAUCGGGCGAAGAUCACGAUUGGCUUAAUGAUGUUGGAGUCUCACCAAAAAACACUCUGAAGUUCCGACGGCAUAAAUCCAUGACAUCUAAUUCAAGUAGCAGUAGAAGUAAAGAUGAAACAGAUGAAACCUCAGCUGUUCUCGUGACAGGCUCUUCAGUGCAAACACUCUAUAAUUUCAUUCAAACAGAGAAAGUGUGUAGAAGUAUUGCCGGCCCCCAUGCUAAUCUUCCCCCAACUCUAAUAGCUUCCAAGCCUUUCCUCCAUGGUCAGUUAAAAUCAUUGAAGAAAACGUCUCAAGUAAUCAAACGAAUUGGCAAUGAGUUAGAAUAUGUGACGGAACUAGAGGGUGGCCCAUUGAUGUUAGAUCACGUUCAAACGGCAGUUCAGUUUGUUCGUAAUGCAGGGUUGUGCGAUGAAUCACAGGUUCAGUUGCGUGUGAAUGAUAGAUAUGCAUAUGCUGGUUUGAAUGGAACGGAGAACAACUCGGAAUGGACUGAAAUUUCAAUUUCAAAAGAUGAGAUUAUAUGGAAAGCAUAA